AUGGCGGAUCAGCUACUUGAGGAUGCUGGAGGAGGCGCUUACGGACCUCUCAUUCUCGCAAAUGACCUAGACACGUCGGCAGAAGGCAGUGUGUCCCCAGAAGGAAGCCCUCGCUCUACUACUCCAUCCGCUUCUGACACUCCUGGAAAUGAUGAUGACUUCGAAAGCCCCGAAGACUUCAAGCAGAGGCUGAUAUAUUGGAUUGGACAGAUGAUGUUCGUGAGUGGUGAGACCGCCGAACCAAGCACAGAGACAACCUGGAUGAUUGAGGAAAUUGUGAGAGAGCAAGUCAUCGAAAUGCUAACACAAGCAACUGCUCUUGCAAACCGUCGAGGUUCCAAGACUAUCUCAAUCGCCGACCUUAUUUUUCAGAUUCGCCACGAUAGAGCAAAAGUGUCCAGACUCAAGACCUUUCUUUCUUGGAAGGAUGUCCGCAAGAAUGUCAAAGAUUCAGAUGACAAAGGUGGAGGUGACGCUGCUGAAGUUGGCGAUUUCGACGAGGCAUCAGGAGGUGUCAACCCAUCUGCACCACAGAAGACUACGACGACCAAGAAAGCCAAACUAGUCUUGCCCUGGGAGAUCCAGUCGUUCUACGUUGAGCAAGUACCGGAAAGAGACGACGAAGAAGACGAGGAGGAAGAGGAGCAGAAUGAAGCCACGCUCGCCCGCCUCGCUUCCGCCGACGAACGCACCAAGAACAUGACCAAGGAUGAAUAUGUCUACUGGUCCGACUGCCGUCAAGCCAGCUUCACAUUCCGCAAGGGCAAACGAUUUCGCGAAUGGGCAGGCUUUGGUACGAUCAUUGACAACAGACCAAAUGACGAUGCAGUUGAUAUUCUCGGCUUCUUGACAUUUGAGAUUGUCCAGACUCUCACAGAGGAGGCCUUGAAGGUCAAAGCUGCCGAAGAUAUGGCGAACAAGAAGUUGAAUGGUGGCAGAGGCGAUCAAGACGCGUCGAAGAAACGGAAGCGGGAAGGGUGCAGUUUGUUCGAGAUGCCUGAGGAAGGCAGGACACCUGUCGAGCCCAAGCAUGUCAGAGAGGCGUUUCGACGCCUCCAGACCGUGCCGAACAAGUACAAGUUCAUGAGACAGGGCUUCGCUGGGAUGAGGACGCCCUUGAGGUUGAUUUGA